UUCUCUUUUCUUAUUGAGAAAGUAUUAUGGGUUUCCCUUUGUAUCUCUCCGUUUCAAUAAGCUUGCUUUAUUUUCUCUUCCUGUUUUUUCUUGGUUCUUCGGUACAGCCAUUGUGCCACCCUGUUGAACUCUCAGCAUUGUUGCAGUUCAAGGAAAGCUUUGUCAUCAUUAACUCUAGUUCUCAUGGUUAUCCCAAAACUGAAUCGUGGAACGUUCAGGAGAAAAGUGGCGACUGCUGUUCUUGGAAGGGGGUGGAGUGUGACAAUAGCACUGGUCAUGUAAUCGGCCUUGACCUUAGUAGCAGUUAUCUCUAUGGUUCAAUCAAUUCCAACAGCAGCCUCUUCCGUCUUUUUCACCUUCAAUGGCUUAAUCUCGCAGACAAUGUUUUCAAUAAUUCUAAAAUUCCUUCAGAGAUAAGGAACCUGUCAAGACUGACAUUCCUUGAUCUCUCUUACUCCAACUUUUCCGGUCAAGUACCGUCAGAAAUCUUAGAGCUGUCAGAAUUAGAGCUCCUUGAUCUGUCAGGGAACUCAUUGAAGCUUCGAAAGCCAGGGUUGAGGCCUCUGCUUGAGAAGUUAACCAACCUUAAAGUACUCGAUCUUAGUGAUGUGAGAAUAUCUUCUUCCAUACCUAAUAAUAUCUCACCAAAGUUUUCUUCAUUGUCAGCUUUAAUUUUAUCAAAUUGUGACUUGCGUGGUGAGUCUCCUAUUGGAAUUUUUGAGUUACCCUGGCUUCGGUUGAUUAAUCUGCAGUCCAAUCCGGAACUUACUGGAUAUUUACCUGUUAUUCAAGCCAACCACCCUCUUUUGAAAUUAUCCCUUGCAAACACAAGUUUUUUUGGACGGUUGCCAGAAUCAAUCGGAAACUUGAAGUCCUUGGAAUAUUUGGACAUCAAAUACUGCAAAUUUUCUGGGAAGCUGCCAUACUCACUUGGUAACCUUACUCAACUCAGAUAUCUUGAUCUGUCUUUUAACAACUUUUUGGGACCUAUUCAUUUCUCUGUUGGAAGACUAAACCAGCUUUUGGGUCUGGACUUCUCUUAUAACAAUUUUUCCGAAGAUAUCCCUUCUUCCUUGGCCAAUCUUACCCGACUUGUUUAUCUAUCUCUUGCCACCAACAAUUUCAACCAUGGAACCUUGUCUUGGCUCGGUACGCAAACCAAUCUAGCUUAUUUGGACCUAACAAACACCAGUUUAUCAGGAGAAAUUUCGCCAAUGAUAUGCAAUCUGUCUUGUCUUACUCUCUUGAAUUUGUCCAAUAACAAUUUGAGCGGAUUGCUUCCUCCAUGUUUUGGAGACCUCAGCAAAAGUCUGAAUGUACUCCAUCUUCAAAAUAAUCACUUCACAGGUGCAAUUCCUCAAGCAAAUAAAAUGGGAUGUGAGUUGAAGGCGAUAGACUUAAGUCAAAAUCAGUUUCAAGGAAAGAUACCAAGGUCACUGGUCAAUUGUACCAUGCUAGAGGCUGUUCACCUCGAAUACAAUCAAAUAAAUGAUAGCUUCCCCUCUUGGUUGGGUACACUUCCAGAACUCAAGAUUCUAAUUUUGAGAUCUAAUGGACUCCAUGGUGUGAUUGGGAAACCUCAAACCAAAUUUCAUUUCCCUAAGUUGCAAAUCAUCGACCUCUCUAACAAUUGUUUAACAGGUAAUUUACCAUUUGGGUACUUCAAUACUUGGAAUUCCAUGAAAGUAGCCACAGCAAGCAGCUUGUCAUACAUUGGAGUAAUCCUAAAUUUCGACUUUUAUUUUGUUUUACCCAAUCAAGUCCAAGAUUUUCACGUCCGUUGCUCAGUCAAAUUGACAAAUAAAGGCCUGGAACUUGAAUACCGGCAUAUUCCAGGAUCCUUGACAGCCAUCGAUCUUUCGAACAACAUGCUCAGUGGUGAAAUCCCAGAAGCCAUUGGGAAUUUAAAGGCUCUUAAGGUACUUAACCUUUCCAUUAACGCUUUUGUUGGUCAUAUCCCAUCAUGCUUGGGGAAUCUAAUACAACUAGAAUCUUUAGACCUUUCUCAAAAUAAUCUCUCUGGAGAAAUCCCUCAACAAUUGACACAACUUACAUUCCUGGCAUUCUUCAAUGUUUCUCAUAACAACCUCCAAGGGCCCAUACCUCAAGGAACACAGUUUAGCACAUUUGCUACUAAUUCCUUUGAUGCAGAUUCAGGGUUAUGUGGAAGCCCUUUAUCAAUAAAAUGUGGAAUUCCUGAAGCCCCAUUGCCACCUUUAAACUCUGGAGAAGGCGAAGGCAUUGGCAGUGUGUUUGAGUUUGGCUGGGAAGUAGUAGCCAUAGGAUAUGGAGCUGGACUAAUAAUAGGAAUGGUUGUUGGCUCCAACUUUAUCUUUAAGCCGCUAGUGAACAUGAAUGUUUUCGGAAUUGUCUUUAGAAAGAGGCGGCCUAGAAGAAUUGAGAAUAGGAGGCAUAGGUUUUGAAUCUUGUUAGGUAAAAAUGGUCUUUGAGUUCUUAAGUUCUUGUUUAUUUAUCUUGGACGGUGGAUUCCGCCAGCAAAGUUAAUAGAUAAUAGUUCUUAUUUCUUUUUAAAGUAGAAUGUAGUAGGGAGAUAGAAUAAAGGUUGUAAAUAUGUCAUCAUAUGUCACUUUCUAAAAGUCAAGUCUUAAAUUUUAUUCUAAAAUUAUCUUUUGAAUUGUUGAAUUUAGGCCUUCUA